UUGUGUGUAUUUCUCGCUCGCGACGAAUGACAGGAUUUGUUUUGGCUAACAGCUCCCUCCCCGCAGAUAGCCUUCUGCACCGAGACCUGAGCUUAAAACUGCACACCCACGAACCCAAAGCCAAAGCCUUCCAUCCACAUCGAGCCAACAGAAAACCAGAGGGUCUUUGUCAAAAUGCCUCAGUCCAACAAGUCAGUGAGCUGUGGCGGUGCGCAAGGUCCAGCAUCAGCUCCAGACCAGGGUGAGCCCCCGCCACCACAGGAUGUCAGGAACCAGGGGGCUGAUGGAGAAGGAGAUGGAGGAGUCGCUGUGGAAAACCAGGGAGACACAGAGAUCGUCAGAUCUCCCAGUGACCCAAAGAAGUACAGAUACAUUGAGCUGAGUAACGGCCUGCGAGCGCUCCUCAUCUCCGACUUCAGCAGGACGGACGGAAAGGGAGCGAGUGAGAACGGAGAGGACCAAGGAGAGGCCGAGGACAGGCAGGAUGAGGGUGGAGAUGUGGAACGAGAGGAUGAAGGGGAUUCUGGUGAGGGCUCAGAGGAGGAAGAGGAGGAGAACAAAGAGGAAGAGCAGGACAGCGACUUUGAUGAGCUGGACGAGGAUGUCGCGGAGGAGAAGAAAAAGAAGAAGAAAGGGAGCUCUGAGAAACAGGCGGCAGCUGCUCUGUGCAUCAGCGUGGGGAGCUUCAGUGACCCUGAGGACCUCCCCGGCCUCGCCCACUUUCUGGAGCACAUGGUGUUUAUGGGCAGUGAGAAAUACCCAGCAGAGAAUGGCUUCGACGCCUUCCUGAAGAAGCACGGUGGCAGCGACAACGCCUCCACCGAUUGUGAAAGAACCAUUUUUCAGUUUGACGUGCAGAAGAAGCAUUUCAGAGAAGCGCUGGACAGGUGGGCUCAGUUCUUCAUCUGUCCUCUGAUGAUAGAAGAUGCCAUCGAUAGAGAGGUGGAGGCUGUGGACAGUGAGUACCAGUUAGCGCGGCCGUCAGACUCGCAUCGUAAGGAGAUGCUGUUUGGCAGUCUGGCUAAAGCAGGACACCCUAUGGGCAAAUUCUGCUGGGGUAAUGCUCAGACAUUAAAGCACGACCCGAAAGAGAAGCAGAUCAACACCUACCAGCGGCUCAGACACUUCUGGAAGAGAUACUACUCUGCUCAUUACAUGACGCUCACUGUUCAGUCCAAAGAGUCUCUGGACACUCUGGAGCAGUGGGUAAAAGAGAUCUUCAUCAAAGUUCCCAACAAUGGUGAACCUCGAGUGGACUUCUCUCACCUGCUGCAGCCGUUUGACACACCUGCCUUCAACAAACUCUACAGAGUCAUUCCUGUGAGGAAGGUGCAUGCUCUGACCAUCAGCUGGGCCGUACCACCGCAGGGGAAACACUACAAAGUGAAGCCUCUCCACUACAUCUCCUGGCUGAUUGGACACGAAGGAACCGGCAGUAUCCUCUCGUUGCUCAGGAAGAAGUGCUGGGCUCUGGCUCUCUUUGGAGGAAACAGUGAGACAGGUUUUGACCAGAACACUACCUACUCAAUCUUCUCCAUCUCAAUCACCCUUACUAACCAGGGCUACCAGAACUUCUACCAAGUGGUCCAUUUUGUGUUCCAGUACUUAAAAAUGCUACAGACUCUCGGCCCCCAGCAGAGGAUCUAUGAGGAAAUUCAAAAGAUUGAGGCCAACGAGUUCCACUAUCAAGAGCAGACGGAUCCCAUUGAGUUUGUGGAGAACAUCUGUGAGAACAUGCAGCUGUUUCCCAAAGAGGACUUCCUGACCGGAGACCUGCUCAUGUUUGACUUUGACCCUCAGGUGAUCAGUGCCGCUUUGUCCCAGCUGACUCCUGACAGAGCAAAUCUGCUGCUUCUGUCACCAGAGAACGAAGGUCAAUGUCCCCUCAGAGAGAAGUGGUUCGGCACCAGCUAUAACAAGGAGGACAUCCUGGACGAGUGGGCUCAGCGCUGGUCGGGAGACUUAAAGCUCAAUCCUGAACUCCACCUUCCUGCUGAGAACAAAUUCAUCGCGUCAGAUUUUGCCCUGAAGGAGGCGGACUGUCCGGACACGGAGUUUCCUGUGAGGAUCAUGACCAACGAGCGAGGCUGUAUGUGGUACAAGAAGGACAACAAGUUCAAGAUCCCCAAGGCUUAUAUCCGUUUCAACCUGAUCUCCCCAAUCAUUCAGAAGAGUCCUGAGAACCUGGUUCUGUUUGACAUCUUUGUGAACAUCUUGGCUCACAACCUGGCCGAGCCGGCCUACGAGGCCGACGUGGCUCAGCUGGAGUACAGGAUAGUGGCCGGAGAGCACGGGCUGGUGAUCCGACUGAAGGGCUUCAACCACAAGCUGCCGCUCUUGUUGAAACUGAUCGUGGAUCAUCUUGCAGACUUCCGAGCUGAGCCGGGCGUCUUCAACAUGUUCUCUGAGCAACUGAAGAAGACCUACUUCAACAUCCUCAUCAAACCUGAGCGACUGGGCAAAGACGUCCGUCUGCUGAUCCUGGAGCACUGUCGCUGGUCCGUCAUGCAGAAGUAUCAGGCCGUCACGAAGGCUCUGACCGUCCAUGACCUCAUGACCUUUGUCACGGGGCUGAAGGCGGAGCUGUACGUCGAGGGCCUGGUGCAGGGAAACUUCACCAGCACGGAGUCCAGGGAGUUUCUGCAGUACUUUAUUGAUAAGCUCCAGUUCCAGAGUCUGUCAGCAGAGGUGCCCGUGUUGUUUCGGGUGGUGGAGCUCCCUCGGAAACAACAUCUCUGUAAAGUGAAAUCACUCAACAAAGGAGACGCCAACUCUGAGGUCACAGUGUACUAUCAGUCGGGGCUGAAGAACCUCAGGGAACACGCCCUGAUGGAGCUGAUGGUGAUGCACAUGGAGGAGCCCUGCUUUGACUUCCUCAGGACGAAGGAGACGCUGGGGUACCAGGUGUACCCCACCUGCAGAAACACCUCGGGGGUGCUGGGGUUCUCUGUCACCGUGGAAACCCAGGCGACCAAGUUCAGCACGGAGCUGGUGGAGGCGAAGAUCGAGGAGUUCCUGGCCAGCUUCAGGGAGCGCCUGUCCGGUCUGAGCGAGGAGGCCUUCAGGACGCAGGUGACGGCUCUCAUCAAGCUGAAGGAAUGCGAGGACGCUCACCUGGGGGAGGAAGUGGACCGCAACUGGUUCGAGGUCGUCACCCAGCAGUACGUCUUCAAGAGGCUCAACAAGGAGAUCGAGGCUCUGAAGCGCUUUUCUCAGGAGGAGCUGCUCUCCUGGUUCCUGCAGCACAGGAACGCCGACAGCAGGAAGCUCAGCGUCCACGUGGUGGGCUUCGGGGUGGAGGAGAACGACCCACCAGACGCGAGCGCCACCGACAGCCGCGGGGACCCGCCCCCCUCGUCCUACGGGGAGGUGUGCGAGCUGACAUUCCUGCCGGCCUCCUCGCCGCUGCUGGAGGACACGACUCUCAUCACCGACAUCAGAGCGUUCACCUCCUCCCUGCCGCUCCACCCGCACCACAAAAUCCUCAGCUAGGCCCCCGGCGCCAGAGCUGCAGACCUCCCCGUGUCAAUGCUAAUAAAAACAGUGAAGGAAGCACGUUAACAGCUUGCAUCAAUGUUUAAUCAAAGAGGACAUUUCACAUGCGUUUUAAGUACUCGCAUAAACCAAAAGAAAUACUGUAAACACUGGAAUCUUAUGCCUCUCUGGGGGUUUGAAGCCUCUCAUGCUCGAACCUUUUGUUACGUAGCAUAGACUGACACGUCAGGAGCUGAGUUAGUACUUUGUGUUACUUUGUGCGCUGGUUCCCAGGUGAAGGCAGUGCGAUGUCUCAGGGUGAAGGGUUAAAACACAUUGAAUUAUGGCAGAAUUAUUUCACUAUCACUAGAGCCAGUAUCACUGUUAAGCAACAGGUAUGUUUUAAUGUAUUAUGGGUUUACAUUUGUUUACUUUUAAUAACGGAUGUCAAAGAAAUACAUGCGUGGCGGGAAACAAUCGUGUUGUCUCUCUCCGAAGGUCGUUGGGUAUUCAAGGAGACUGAUCUAUUUUAAUUCAUCAACGGCAUUAUUAUUAAAACUAACAAUGAAUGUUUCAGUUUU